AUGGACGGGAUUCAUCCACACUUCACCGUGAGGACGUCCUUCAGCUUUCUACUUCUGAUUCUGCUGCAGACGACCACUGAUGCCCAAAUCUGUUCUGGUCCUGUAAGUGUAAACUUUGAAGAAAACAAUGUUGUGGGUGCAGUCGUGACGGAGAUCACUGUCCAACCAGGUGUGACACUUGGUUUUAAGCCCCCCCUUGCAAACGCCAACAACCCAUUCCGCUUCGAGGGAAACAGGCUGAUAGCUGACAGGAUAUUGGACUUUGAGACUUUAUCCACCUAUACAGUGGAUAUCAUCUGCACUCACAUCGAUGGACGAAGGAGACUGGGUCAGCACCCAUACCUGGACAUCUUUGUUAUUGUAAUUGUGACCAACGUGAAUGAACACCCUCCAGUCUUUGAUAUGGACCCAAACUUUCUCACAGUCCCUGAGAAUUCUCCUAUAAAUACAUAUGUGGGCAACGUCACUGCCAGGGACCGCGAUGGAGAUCCAAUCCAGUACAGACUGACACCUGACUCUAGCGGCUUUACACUGAGGACGGAUAACACCCCAGAUCUCUUCACCACAAUCAUUUUCGACUAUGAUAAAUUCAAAACUGUCGAACUAACGUUAUACGCUCAGGACUCUACGUUCACUGCUAGCACCACCAUCACAGUCACCAUCCAAGACGUGGACAACAGACCGCCGUGGUUUAAGCCCUGCACUGAAUACGAGAUUGGGGGCACUUUGAUCUGCCAGAACACAGGCUACACUGGCCGGGUCGUCUUAAACGAACAAGAGCCCGGCGCGUUGGUUCUGAAACCAGGACCUCUGUACGCCAUCGAUGGAGACUUGGGGCUGAAUGAGCCGGUGACCUACUCGAUCCUCAGCGGAAACGAUGGCGAGAUUUUUAAUAUCAACCCGGACACGGGAGAAAUCACCAUGCUGAAGCCGGCCCUUGUGUUGGGGAAUAUCACUCUGACAGUUCUGGCUGCUCAGAAGACAAACAGUCAUCAGUUUGCCACCACCACCGUCACAAUCGACGUUCAGGUGAAGAGUCUCCACGCUCCGCAGUUCCAGAGGCCUCAGUACGAAGCCGUCGUCACUGGAGUGGGCAGCAUGGCGAUGGACCCAAAGAACAAGGACGAGCCGCUGAAAAUCCUCGCCACAGAUGAAGACUUUGCUGGCGUUGGGGGUAUAAAUCCUCACAUCACUUACUCAGUGAAUUCAAAUGAUUUCACCAUCAUUGACGGCUUUUUAUUCAUGACAAGAGAUCUCCCAGAGGGCACAUUAGCUCUGGAGCUGGAGGCAACGGACGAGUCUAACAAAGAAUCAGCUACAGCUCAGCUCUCAGUGGAGGUGGCUACAGGUAUAACCACCACCGCAUUGCCCACGAGCACUAUGGCCACUACGGUCAUAACGACCAUAGGAGAAUCCACCACCAACGGCAAGACCACGGUAGAUACUGUGUCCACCACCAUCCCCGGUUCAACCACUGACAGCAGCGUCUCAACCACCAACCCCAGUUCAACCACUGACAGUAUCUUCUCCACCACUAACCUUGGUACGACCACUGAACGCAUCAUUUCCACCACUAACCCCGGUUUGACCAGUGAAGGCACCAUUUCCACCACUAAUCCCAGUCCAACGAGUGGAGACAGCGUCUCCACAGCCAGCACAGCUCCCCCUCGCACAGUGAUUGUACCGUCAGGUGGUUAUGGGCCGGUGGACAUGGCGGCGCUUGGUGCAACGCUAGGCGUCCUGGUGCUCAUCUGUCUGGUGGUCAUUGUGGUGCUCGCUGUUCACAUUCAGAAGGGGAAAUCCGCCUGGAAAAAGAUCUACGAAGCAAGCAUGUUCCAAAGCUCUCUGGGUCAAGGAUCAGGCGGAAAGGAGGGCAUCCAGUACACCAAUCAGGCCUUCCAGAACGAUGAAGAUGGAGACAGCUUCGGCGGUCCAAUGGGCGGAAGCCUAACGGCUGGAGUGGCGAGGGACAUAUCGCUCAAUGAGGCCAUUGUGAAGUCUACGGUGCCGCUGCACGCCCUCCUGCGUGACGACACCAGCCAGACGAGCUCGGACAAGGCCGACAACGAGAAAGAGGUGAAACCCAUCCUGACGAAGGAGAGGCGCAUGGACGAGGGGUACAAGUCGGUCUGGUUCAAGGAGGACAUUGACCCCAACGCCAAGGAGGAGGUGGUCAUUAUCCCAGACAGCAGAGAGGACGACAGCGAGGAGGAAGACGAGGACGACGAAGAGGACAACCGCCAGAUGAAAACCCCAAAAGUCGCCUUUAAUGAUGCAGACCUGGACAGUGGACUCGGGGUGAAGAUGGAGGAUCCGGCAGAGGACUCGGAGAGUGACGAAGUGUUGACCGUUGAUCUGUGA